AUGCUGUGCCAAGGAUAUUUCCAUUGCCUGCUGCUGGCUGCCCAGCUGCUUGUGUUGCCAUUGCUACAUGCCUCGCCAGUAUCAAGCCCAGAAAUAGCCAACAAAUCGAACAAGUCGCCUAACAGCAUCCAGGCGCAACAGCAGCAACAGCAGCAACAGCAACAGCAGCAGCAGCAACUACUCAAGUCCAAUCCCAAUGCCCAGGAAGCGCACCUAAACUCGCUGAGCGCAUUUGCCUCGAGCUAUGAUAACUUGGACACGGCUCAAGCACAGGUGCAGCCGCCGACUGAAGCGGGCUUCAAGCCCUCCUAUAAAAUGCCUGAAAUGGAGACGAACUUUACGCCCAUGCAAAGUGGAGGUCUUGGCGAGAGCACCAGCAUUGCCAGCCUACCCAGUACACCCAUGCUGAUGCAGUAUCUGCCGGCGCAGACGCUUCAGGAUGGCAGUGGAACCGUCCAGUAUUUGCAGCUGAUACCAACGCGUCCCAUCAUUGUGCCCAUCAGUCCAUAUUUGACCACAGCGGCCACUGGCGGCGUACAGGCGCCGGCGCCCGCGUUAACACCUAAUGUGGCUGCAACACCCGAUUAUGGCGCACGCGGAGUCCAGCUAAGUGCCUUACCCGCUAAUACGGGCGUUACCGGCCUACACUAUUCUGCUGCCGGUCUGCAGGGCUAUGCCAAUGCGGUCUCUCCUGUCGCCGCCUAUCGCAGCAGCUACCGCAUCAAUCGCGAGGCGAAGGAGAAAAACUUUCCGCCCACAUUUAGCCUGAAUCUCAACGAGUAUCUGCCGGCGGCAGCGGGUGGCCACGAUACAUCGGUUUCGGGAACAGCAUCGCAUCCGCAUACCCAACUGUAUAUUAGAGCCAGGCCAUAG